UAGACAACGUGUUUUGACAAAGUUUUGAUCGAGUUAAAAAUGACGAGCCUCACAUUUAUUUAGAAAAAAAUAAAAAUCUAGUGAUUUUUCUAAUAUGACCGUGUGGCGAAAACUCGACGAUGAGGACUGCUACGCUGUCGCUCUAUAUAACUUCAAUUCCCCCUCAUCCCUCCACUUGCCGCUGGAAGUGGGGGAGCUCGUGCACCUGGAACGAGAGACCGAUGACUGGUACUGGGGUACCAGCUUAAGGAGGGAGGCAAAAGGCGCCUUUCCAAAAGGAUACGUCGUUAUAAGAAGCUGCAAUGUCGACAGAUGCGGCGAGACAGUCGUCGCUUCCUCGGGUGGGUCUGGGGUUGUACAUGACAUAGCCGUCACGCUACGUGAAUGGCUCCAACAUUGGAAAAUUUUAUACACGACGAACGACGACCGCUUCAAGUUCAUGGAGGUGAGCAUGCGUGCGCUGCUGGAGCUGCGCGCGCAGGCCGCGUCGGGCGCGCUGCCGCAGGACCAGCUGCGCCGCGUGGCGCGCACCGCCGUCUUCACCAUCGACAAGGGCAACCGAACGUUAGGUAUGGAGUUAGCGGUAAGAACGAUGAGCGGUCAGCUAGUCGAUCCUUUAACGACGUCCACCUUCAAACUGAACGCCUUGCACGAUGAAGCUAAUUCGAGAAUCGAUAAAAAUAUGGAAACUACCCCCACAAGUCGGCCCACGAGCCAGACGCCCACCGCGCGCACCUACACGAUAGUCGUCUACAUCAAGAACUUUGUCUGUCGCAUGAGCGACACCGCGGAGCUGUCGCUGGCGCUCCACGACUCCGGUGGAAACAAAAUAACGGAAAACGUCUUAUUGAAAUGGCCCCCGGGGCACUUGGGGGCGGCCGAGCUCUUUACAGCGCCAUCUGUCGUAUUUACGGAUCUAGGCAGCGAUAUUAAGAAAGAGAAGAUAUUCCUGGUGUGUCACGUGGUCCGAAUCGGAUCCAUGGAGCCCCAGGUCGUGGAGCACCGACGCAGCACUUUGGUGCCUACAUCUGGGAGCGGGGUGGGGGGCAUGCGCAGGCCCUUCGGCCUGGCCAGCGCAGACAUCACGCAACACCUUGCCGCUGAUAAUUCCGACAAGGAGAUCUUGUUACCGUUCUACCCAUGUGAAAAGGAUAACAUGGACACGCUAUUGAAGAAAGUAAUCGCGAAUCGUGAACUUAAAGACAAACACUCGCAGGGACUGUGGGUGUUCCUGCAGAUGGUGGAGGGAGACUUGAAGCAGAUCCGGCAGGAGAACCCGCACAUGAUGGUGGGCAACACGGCGUUCGCGCGCAAGAUGGGCUUCCCCGAGGUCAUCCUGCCGGGCGACGCGCGCAACGACCUCUACGUGACGCUGCUGGGCGGCGCCUUCUCGCGCGGGCCCGGCAAGACCUCCGAGCGGAACGUCGAGCUCACGGCGCGCGUCGUGGACCGCCGCGGCGCGCCCGUGCCCGGUGUGAUAUCUGUGGGCGCAGGAGUCCCGCUGGUGAACGAGUACACGUCGAUCGUGUACUACCACGAGGAACGACCGAGAUGGAAUGAAGUUUUCAAGGUGUGCUUGAAUAUUGAAGAAUUUAAAGAGGCACAUAUAGUUUUUCUCUGUCGACAUCGGAGCUCCAACGAGGCCAAGGACCGCGCGGAAAAAUACUUUGCGAUGUCCUAUCUGCGGCUCAUGCAGAAGGACGGUACCACUACACCGGACACGCAACACAAUCUAGCCGUUUAUAAGCUGGAGCACAAGAAGUGCGCGGGCAGCGCGGAGCUGGAGGCGGGCGGCGCGUGCGUGGCGCUGCCGUCGCUGCGGGACGAGCUGCCGGCGGGCCACGAGCGCGGCGUGGCGCGCGGCCCGCUGGUGCUGCUGCCGCGCGACUCGCUCUGCGUGGCCACCAAGCUGUGCUCCACCAAGCUCACGCAGAGGGAGGAGAUCCUCGGGGUCUUGAAGUGGAGCGCCCAUCACGCGGAGGGCACUCUGCGCACGGCGCUCACCAAACUGCUCCGAGUGCCAAACGAUGAACUAGUCAAGUUUCUACAGGAUAUAUUAGAUGCACUGUUUAGUAUAUUGACUCAAGUGGAGGAAAAUACGGAGGAAUACACGGAACAGAGCUACGCGGUGCUGGUGCUGGACUGCCUGCUGCAGGUCAUCUCGCUGGUGGCGGACCACAAGUACCAGCACUUCCAGCCCGUGCUGCACGUCUACAUCGAGAGGAGCUUCUGCGACGCGCUCGCCUACGAAAAACUCAUAUCGAUAAUGGUGUGGACGAUCCGAUCAGCGGAACAAGGAGAGGUCGCCUCGAAGCGUUUGUUACAAUGUAUGAAGUGUCUCGAAAGCUUAUCGAGAGUGCUCGUGAGGUCCUGGCAACUCAGAGCCGCUCUAGGAUCCAGGGCCACGGCUCUGUCUAGCGGAGGGGUCAACGGGACCGACGAACCGACGUACUGUCCAGAACUGCAGAGCCUGCUGGAGGCGCUGGUGUGGCUCAUGCGCUGCGGCGACCACGCGCUCACGUGCCAGGGCUCCGCGCUCAAGUACCUGCCGCACGCCGCGCCGCACCUCUCCAAGGUGUUCCCCGACACGCAGCUCAGCAAGUACACGGUGUGGGCGCUGGAGGCGCUGCCGCUGGGCCGCCUGUCCAACCAGCGCCUGCACGCGCUGCUGGAGCUGGUGCGCGGGCCCCUGGGGGCGGCCCCCGGGCCCCGCGCCUUCCUGCUGCCGCACCUCGCCGCCACGCUGGCCGCGCUGCUCGUGGCGCCCAUUGAGCUGGACAACCACAAAUCGCGAUCAGCGGGCAAGGCGGCACGUCUACUUGGAGCCGACACCGCCAGCCUGCUAGACCACACCCAGCAGAUGCAGAUCGUGGAGCUCUGCGUGGAGACGUUGGGGGAGGUCGUGUCGCUGCUGGCGCGGGACGACGUCGGUCCCGUCGAGGCGGAUAGAGGCGAACUGGCUAGGUCGCUGCUGCCCACUGUGCUGAGAAUCGCAGCGACGAUGAUGAAAGAGAGAAAUAAAGAGGAAGGAACGCCGGCUGAUGAUCCUUUACUGCGCAAAUUAAUCUGCGUCCUUCUAGACAUGGUCCGCCAGAUGUCCGAAGAACAAUACGUAGUCGUUAUGAAGUCCCUGGAUGCGGAAUCCUCUGGCAAGGCGAACACUCUAGUGUCGGACGCUCUGGCGUUGAUGAUGGCGUUGCUGCAGCGACCGGUGUUCAGACCGCACUGGGCCGAUAUGUUGCACCUGCAGCACUACGUCAUGCUACACGCCCUGAGGUUGUUGUCCACCACGCUCCGCGAACAGCUGGUGUCCAUCGACGACUCGGACCCCGAGGUGGUGUCGGCGGUGCACUUGACGCUCCAGGACUGGUUCAACACGCUGGGGGCCGUGGCUUCGUCGCCGCCCAUACAGCUGGAGACGCUACCGACCUCCAGGCGCCAGAGGGCGACCAUGCUCUACGGGGACAUUCGGCGGAAAGCUGCGACGCUCCUCGCCGAUAUGUGGUUCAGUUUAGAGGAGCACAAGCGGUUCUUCAUCCCACACCUCGUCGGCACGUUCUUGGAAGUGAGUUUCCUUCGGGUCGAGGAGGUACGGAACAUCAUAAUCCCGCUGUUCUUCGACAUGAUGCAGACCGAGUACAAGCACACCUCGGACACGGAGGGCGGCGCGGGCAACAUGCGCGCCUUCGAGAACGCGCUCAUCGACAAGCUGGACGUGCUGGCGGAGGCGGGGCGCGGCGACGCGGCGUGGCGGGCCAGCUUCGUGUCGCUGUGCGGCGCGCUGGCGGGCGCGGCGCGGCUGCCGGGCGGGCCGGCGCUGGUGGCGGCCGCGGCGCGCCAGCUGGACGCGCUGCUGCAGUACCGCGCCGCGCCCGUCGCGCGCCGCCUCUACCUCGUGUCGGGCGUGCUGCGCUUCUACGAGCAGAUCGAGCGCCCGCACAUGUACAUCCGCUACGUGCACCGCCUGGCCGCGCUGCACGCCGGCGCCGCGCACGCGCCCGAGGCCGGCCUCACGCUGUGCCUGCACGCCAAGCUGCUGCUCUGGAGCGACGAGCCGCUGCCGCCGCGCCUGCGCCACCCCACGCACCCGCACCACGACACGCACUUCCAGCUCAAGUCGGCGCUGUACACCGAGGCGGUGGCGCUGCUGGAGGAGGGGCGGCAGUGGGAGCUGGCCGUGCGGCUGGCGCAGGAGCUGGUGCGCGUGUGCGACGAGCGCGGCGCGGCGCACGGCACGCUGGCGGCGCUGCACGAGCAGCUGGCGCGCCUGCACCGGCUGGCGCUGGCGGCGCCGCGGCCGCGCCCCGUGUACUUCCGCGUGCGCUACCUCGGCCGCGGGUUCCCGCCGCACCUGCGCCACCCCAAGGGAUUCGUGUACCGCGGCAACGACUGUGACAUGCUGCACAACUUCAAGGAGCGCAUGCUGGACGAGUGGCCCGAGGCGGAGGUGCUGCUCAAGCUGGACGAGCCGGGCGAGGACAUCACCGAGUCGGAUGGACAGUAUUUACAAAUAAACGCGGUAACGCCGAUAAUAGAUGACAUAUGGAAAAACAAAUUCGGUAAAACGGGUGACGAACAAAUUAUAAGAUACUACGAACACAACAACGUCAAGAAGUUCGUAUUUUCUAGACCCUUCCAUAGACAAGAAGAUUCAAUAACAGACUCAACGGACGACUUGUCCGGAGCGAACGAGUUUGCGACUCGUUGGUUGGAGAGAACCGAGUUGGAAAUAAGUGACACAUUACCCGGCAUCCUCCGUUGGUUCCCUGUGGUGUCGACCCGCACGUACUGGGUGUGUCCGCUGGAGGUGGCCGUCGAGACCAUGGAGCAGACCAACAAGGAGCUGAAGGCCAUCAUCCAGGAGGCCAAGUCACCCGACGCGCCGCUACAUCCGCUCACUAUGAGACUGCAAGGCAUCCUGGACUCGGCCGUGCAGGGCGGGCUGGUGCACUACGAGCGCGCCUUCCUGACGGCGGCGUACGAGGCGCGCCGGCCGCAGCACGCCGCGCUGCUGCAGCGCCUGCGCGACCACAUCGCCGACCAGGUGCCGCUGCUCAAGCACGGCCUGGACGUGCACGCGUCGCGCGAGCCCGUGCGCGAGCUGCAUGCGCACCUGGCGGCGUGCUUCCGCCGCGUGCAGCACCACGUGCACCAGCGCUACGGCCGCCGGAUGUGCGAGUUCGAGACCGAGAGCAUAUCGUCGCCGGAGGUCACGCUGCGCACGAAUCUGCGGGACAGCGCCGAGAUCGAACCCAGGAACCCUUCGAACCGCAUAUCGGAUAUAUCUACCGGAAACGAGACAACACCGAAGUCGAAGUUUAAACUGAAUUCCGCAAUUAAUUGGACGAGAAACAGCAGCAGCGGUACUUUAACGCCUCGACAUAAGAAGCGGAGUAGAAAGAGUGAAGUGAGCCUACAGUCGAGCGGUAGUCAGUGGUACACCUCCAACAGCGCCAACGGUAACAUUCACAGCGCGAUCAACAACGCCAUCAACAGCGCCUUCAACCCCACUCUCUGCAACAAUGCAGUCAACAACAACAACUCUCUCAGCAACAGUACCGUCAACAACAACAGUCUAAGCAGCAACAACACCAGCAGUAACAACAUCAGCUCCCUGUGCGACACGUCAGCGUCUCCGUUAAGGGAGUUGAGACAGGAGCUCGUGUGCUCGCGGCCGCAGCGCUCGCGCGCCAGCCUGCCGCCCUCCGAGACGCCCUCCAACAGAGACUCGCUGGGAACGACAGACUCCAACCAAGAUGACGAAGAACCCCCACCGUUACCUCAGAAGCAAUCGCACAGAAGUCUAGAAUUAGACGCAGAGAACAACAACCAAGAACUGAACCUGCCAGUCAGACACAACUACGACCUAGUCAUAUCGCCUAGGAACUCCUACCUCUACCAGUCCAGGAGAAGAAAUACAUGUGAAAAGUUACCACCUAGUAAUGAGAAAGCGCCGACACCUCCCCCUAAGAAGAGAAAUCAGAACGCAUAAGGUCAUUUAAAUAGGACUCCCACAUUGUUAAUAAGCUUUAGUUCAGACGUCGUCGAUACGGCAAAGGUAUUGAAACAUAAGGCCUAGCCUUAAAUAAUUGUUCAAUCACAAGAUACAAACGUAGUCACGGAUGACAUGUUUAUAUUAUCUGUAUAUAAUAUAAUGAAACUGUUAACAGGGGAGUGGUGUAUGUACGAGAUUAUUAUGGACUUUACAAUUGAUAGAGACCAAAAUUACGUUUUAAUACUUUGAUACACUUUGAGGAAUACUCUAAUGGGAUUCAGAAUUUAAUGAACGAUAAAUAUCGUGCUACGUAAUAACCUUGAUUCUAUAAUUAAUAAAGCUUAUUCAAUAGUAUAUAGUCGUUACCACGCUUAUAUAUUACAUAAGUUAUUUAUUAAUACGUUCUUAUAUUUAUAUAAAAAACAACAGCCACAAUUUUUAUUACGAAUAAUAAAUUUUAAUUCACCGUUUGAAUAUAUUAGGAACAUUUAUAACAUAUUUUUUUAUAACAAGGAGUUGCACAAUUACUAAAUAGAAAAGCUAUGAAAAUAUUAUUUAACGUGUGCUGGCUUUAAGACGGGUCUUUUUAUUCGUCACAUAAACGUGACGUAACGUCAUGUAAAACUAAUUUUAAUAUCAUUACAUACUAUUAAAUGUGAUCAGGUGAUAUAAUUACGUGAAUAGCUUAGUAGGAGGAAAUAUCAUUGUUGGGCAUAGUUUCUCUCAUCUUAAGGAGAAUGUUUAGUGAUUAACCACCACACCUCACUGUGGUAUAAUGGAUAUCAUCUGAUACAGGUUUCCUCAGGAUGUUUUCCUUUCCGAACGUGAAUAGUUAUAAUGUUGAGAAUUAAGCCUUGAAACUGGAUAGACCACCGAAAAUUAUAAUAUAACUAAAUUGAGUUUUAAUUUCAAAAGUAUUUUUUAUAUGUGAUACGAAAAAGUUAAGAUGCCAUUGCUCCAAAGAAAGAUUUUCAAAUUUUUAUUAUAUUUAAGAAGUGACACAAAUAUUAUGUCCAUAAAUAACAUAUUUAAACGCUAUAUUAAAAAAGUACUGAUUCGGCUUCUACGUGAACAUUUUAAAUUGUAUUUGUAUGAUUUACUUUUUAUGUUGUGUGUUGUGACGUCACGAUUUGCUCACUUGUUUGUUUGUUUGUACACAUGUUUGAUUCACUACUUCUUAUAAAACGUUAAGUAUAUAAAAUGAUUCCAAGAACAAGACGAAGGUUAAAUUUAAGAGACAAAUCUGUCAAAUAUUUAGGUUCAGUAAUCGUAUUGCAACUUUUAACGUUUUUAUCAGUAGUUCUCAUAUUAUUCAGGCUGAGUAAACAGGAUGGAAGAUGCUGUAAAAUGCCUCAUUAAAAUAUUCUUAACUUGAAUGAAGACGAUGCGAAAAUACUUUAUUUUUUUAAACGACUUGAUGUAAUGAUAAAUAGGACACAUGUCAUACUUAUAGCUUAUGUUACUAAUAAGCGUCUUUCAAUAGUUUUAAUCAUCCUGUAUAUAGGUACCGUUAGCCAAAAAAGGUCCACAAAGCUGAAAUAAUUUCAUUAAAAAUAAUAUUGACAGUAUUUAUUCUUUAAAUAAACUCAAAUAUGUUAAAAAAUGUAAAGAUAAGACGUUGCAAUUUAGGGUUCCGUGAAAUUUGAUAUAAUAUUAUUCCGAUAAUAAGACUCAUGAAAAUUAGUGCCAUAUACUAAAGUUACCAAGUUGAUUUACUUCAUUCUAUAAUAAGCUACAGUGGAAUAAAAAAAUGAACUUUUAUUUGAUGAUAAUUUUUAACUAAAUGCAGUAAUUAGUAUUCUAUAUUGUAUUGUAUGCAGAACCAAAAGUAUUUGCAAAGUUUCAUCUUAAUUGGCAGGGGGAUAUUGUUUAAAAUUUAAUAGCAAGAUCACCCCCCCCCCCACUACCAGCUGAAUUUAAAUAUUGUUAAAAGUGUUUUAAUGUUUGACAAGUAAAAAUGUUGCUCGAGAAAAUCUAUAAUAUAUAUUCAGAUUGAAUAUAUAAUUCUUAGUGAACAUCAAUGUGAUUAAUUUAUUUGAACGUCUCACUAGUAAAAUUGUCUUCCAAUACAUACGGAACCGUAACUUAACC